CUUUUUCAAUGAGAAUGGGGGGGGGGCAGUUUUGUCAUAGUGGCUAAAUAAAAAACAGCAAUAUACAAAACAAAAUUUUUACUAUGGUCUAUCAGAAGGGCAUCUAAUAUUCCUGUGAACAAAAGUGUUCCUUUUUUUGUUGACAAGCAUAACAGCCAAAAAUGUGUUUAGUCUCAGAGAAAUGAUGAACCAGGAAAGGAAGAGGAGGGGUGAGGCGUUGUCCCUCCGUCCUCCUCACAGCUUUCGUCAGUUGAUCCUUCAUCAGGACAGCAGAGAGGACCUCUUCUUCAGCACAAUCAAGGUUUCUGUUCAUCCAUCCAUCCCAUCUGUCCAUCCCGAUGAGUGGGCAGCCUCCUCCCCCAUAUCAUCCCUACAUCCCGGAUGGAGCCCCGCCCCCCUCUUUCCCACCAGCUUUUGUCUCGCAGCCACCCUUCUUCCCUGGCUCCAUUUACCAGACUUUUCCUCAGACCACAGACUCCACCUACCAUCACCCAGGACAGGUGGGACACGGUGUGGGGGCACUGCUGGGUUACCUUGGAGACAAGCAGGAGCACCCCCAACCCCCAAAACAUGCAGUGAACGUGAUGGAGCCCCGCCCUCAUCAGGAGAGAAGCGUGGGCUCAUACCUGGCUGCGUGUUCGGCCGCUCUCUGCUGCUGCUGCCUGUGGGAUCUGCUUCAUCGCUGAAGCCACCAUCCCCAUCAGCCUCUUCGCCAUUUUUGUCUGUGCAGCACCCCCCCCACACACACACACACACCACACCCCCAUCACAACGAAGAGAAUCACAUCUGCUUGAUUAAUUUGUGUUCAGCUUUGAUUGGAGGACAGAAACAAUAAUCUGCUGCAUAUCUUGUGAUUAUUAAUAAAUGGUAGAAAAAUAUUA